AUGGCGACAGCUAAUGGUUCACUGUGCAACAUCUCCGGGUCCGUGUCCGAGAAUGGGAGCUGGAUCGGCUGCAUGGAGUCGGACGUUGAACAGGGAACUGUUAAAGCGAUUCAGGCGUCGAUCGCUUACCUGCUGAUUCCACUCAACUUGAUCAGCAUACUUGCUAAUCUUCUCGUCAUCUUGGCUCCGGAUCAACCAUGCAUCUUUGACACCGUUUCGACUAAAAUAUCUGUCAUCUUUAACGUGAUGGUGAUUUGUACGUGUGGCGUCGCCAUGGUCUUUAUCUACGCUUACAUAAUGAUGAUUUCCAAGCACCACCAGCGGCAGAUCCACCAGGAACCGAGCAGCAGCGGUUCGCAGGAGGCAGGAGCGACCGGAAAAUCCUUCUUUGCUGAGCUCGUUAAGCAUCUCAAGCUUGCCAAGAUGUUUGACAUCGUCAUUGGUGCCUUCGUCGCCUGCUGGACUCCGGUUCUUUUCCUGAUGCUGCUGAGCGUCGCCGACUUCUACCACGACACGCUCGGAGUGGCGACAGGCUUCGGCUAUAUGAUGGCAGACUCCAACUCUUUCAUGAACUUUUUUAUAUAUGCUUCAAAGAGCAGUCAGUUCCGCGCCGCCUUCCGGGCGGUGUUGCUCUCACGUGGACACUAG